UAGAGUUCCCAAGUAUACAAAAACCCAGUUAGGACAGAGGGUGGGUUUGCAUGUUUUUGAGAGAAGGCAAGAACAGGGUCAGCGUGGCUCUUCCACCAAUUCCUCCUGAAGCAGCUGAUGGAUAGGUAAAAGUCGCCAUCUCUUACUUACCAUUACCAGUUAGCAAAAAAUGAUCGGCCCACAACAGUGACACUCAAGUACGUUCCUUUUGUCGGUUCGAAAUUUACAAGAAGAAACAUAGCCAUCCAUAGCUACAACCAUUCUCAACCAUUGUUUCUCUCGUCACUCUUUCAUCUCUAAGAAUUGAAAAUGGAAGCUCUGGGAGCUUCUCUGUUCAAUUCUCUUCACAUGUCAACAAAAUCGACAACCCUUCACAAAACCCACUUCCCCAAAUCCAUGUUCUUUAAUCUUCAAUCGACUAAUUCGCUACCCAUUUCAUCUUGCCCAACCUUUCACAAUAAAGUCUCCAAAUUUAAGGCUUUCACGACCAUUUCACCAUCUUCGUCUACGGUCUCUACAGACCCAGAUGUAGAAACCGGAACAGAAGGAGAGAAAUUUGAUUGGCUUUCACAGUGGUAUCCGGUUAUGCCUGUGUGUGAUUUGGACAAAAGGGUGCCACAUGCAAAGACGGUGAUGGGUCUUGAUGUGGUGGUGUGGUGGUAUAGGCAUGAGAGUGCAUGGAAGGUGUUUGAUGAUAGUUGUCCUCAUAGAUUGGCUCCAUUGUCCGAAGGGAGGAUUGAUCAGUGGGGAAGGUUGCAGUGUGUGUACCACGGUUGGUGUUUCGGUGGCUCUGGUGACUGCAAAUUUAUUCCUCAGGCUCCUCCAGAUGGUCCUCCGGUUCACACAUUCAAGAAAGCCUGCGUAGCUGUUUAUCCAAGUACUGUGCAGAAUGAAAUUUUGUGGUUCUGGCCAAAUUCUGAUCCUCAAUAUAAGGAUAUCAUUUGGAAGAAAAAGCCUCCCUACAUUGCAGAAUUGGAUGACCCAUCAUAUACUAAGUUAAUGGCAAACAGGGAGUUUCCUUUUGGGUAUGAGAUCUUGAUUGAAAAUCUAGUAGACCCUGCUCAUGUUCCAUAUGCUCAUUACGGAAUACUUCCAAAUCCUAAUGCCAAUAACAGAGAUAAGGCUGAUAGAGAAGGAGGUAUACCUAUGGAAAUAAGUAUACAGAAGUCAGAUAUAGAAGGUUUCAAUGCUGCUAGAGUUGGCAGGAAUAGCAAAUUUAUUGCACCUUGUUUAUAUUAUUCGGCAGCCAGUUUCAUGCAAGAUGGUGUUAAUAUGCAAGGCAAUAAAUCGAAGGCAUCCGAUAAUGUGGCUCCACGAAGAGUUCUCAUGAUAUUUCUCUGUGUUCCAGUUAGUCCAGGAAAGAGCAGAUUAAUAAUCACCUUUCCAAGAAAUUUUGGAGUUUGGAUUGACCGGAUUGUUCCACGAUGGAUGUUUCAUAUUAAUCUAAAUCUUGUUCUUGAUUCAGAUCUAUAUCUUCUUCACAUUGAGGAGCGCAAGCUAAUGGAUGCCGGCCCUCGUAAAUGGCAAAAAGCUUGUUUCGUGCCAACAAAGUCGGAUGCCCAAGUUGUUGCUUUCAGAAAAUGGUUAAACAAGUAUUCUGAGGGUCAAAUCAACUGGGGUGACAAGUACCCUAAAACACUUCCCCCAUCUCCUCCUAAAGAACAGCUGAUGGACAGGUACUGGUCUCAUGUGGUGAACUGCAGCAGUUGUAGCUUGGCGUAUAAGGGUCUAAAUGCACUAGAAGUUGUGCUUCAGCUAGUCUCCAUUGUUUCUCUUGGAAUAGUUGCUGCAACAAAGCACAGUGUAUUGUCAGCACCUGCAAGGACUUCAUUGGUCUCCAUGGCAGUGCUGUGUUUUGCUGCUUCAAAAUGGUUGUCCAACUUCAUCUACAAAAACUUCCAUUUCCAUGACUACAACCAUGCCCUCCGCUGAUACAAGAUGGUGAGAUCCCUUCUAUGGUACAAUGCAUGAAAUUGUCCUCAACUUUUAGUUUUAUGGCUAUAGAAAUUCCAUUUAUGUAGCAACAAAUUUGUGUUAUUAUGGCAA